AUGCAUGAAGAAGAUCUAAACGAGACAGUGAUGGAGAGCGACGGUCCGCCCGUGCUUCCCUUCCUUCCGCCAACUGAAGAACCUUCAACGCUUGUGCUUGUGAUUUCAGUUGUACUCGUUGGAUGUCUGACUAUCGGGAUUUGUGGUAACGCGAGUCAAAUCGUACUCCAGAUCCCGUUAGGGUUGCCAUCAGUGGUGUUGGAGAAACUAGUAAGAGUAUGGAUGUUCGGUCGGUUAUCCUGUCAUGCUUACUAUAUUCUCGCUACGGCUGGACGAGUGCUAACACCGUGGUGCAUCGCCGUACUUCAUGCCUUUGUUGCUCUGUUUCUUUCGCCGCCAAAUCGCCUUUCAAGAUUUGAAGGGGGACUAUCCUUAGUGGCACUUCUCGGAAUGUUAUUGCUCGCCCUCACCUACAUCCUUCCCGAAGGGAUGACUGCUAAGUUAGAGCUGGUUCGAAAGGAUGAGAUCGAUAGCGAACAGUACAUAAUGCUGAUCCAUACCUAUCGGUGUUCAAAAUAUCAGAUUUUGCCUCCUACUGAAGAGGGAAUGAAAUUCGGGUUCGAGUUUAUUGCCCCACUAUUAUUAAGUGUCGUUGUCCACGUGCUAAUUCGGAGUACGAUGAAACUCAAUUCUCGAUUAGCCAUUUCAAGAAAUCUGGAUCUUCUCAUAUCGGUAGCGCCGGAGGAUGUCGACCUCCAACAAUUACUACCCUUUUUUUCCCCAACAAUAAUAUGGUAUCCGCUGAGCCAACUCUCAGCUGCUCUUUCUCGUUACAGUUCUAGUAAAAUCGAGGAUGAUAGAUCGAGAUCUCGGAAUCCUGGAACAGCAAGUGAAACGGAGAGGGCAGAAUUGAUGGGAGGACAAGUGAUCGUCUGA